UCAAAGAAACCCUAACCCUAACCCUAAUCCCUCAUCUUUCUCUCUCUCUAUCUCCAUCGAUCGGAGCUCAAAUCCGAGGCCGGAGAAGCGAAGAAGAAGAGGAGGGAAGAAUCUCCAUGGCGGCGACCAAGAUUGGUAUGAUGGAUUCAGCUUACUUCGUUGGAAGGAACGAGAUCCUUGCCUGGAUCAACACCACACUUCAACUCAAUCUAUCCAAAGUCGAGGAAGCGGCGUCGGGGGCCGUGCACUGCCAGCUGAUGGACGCCGUGCACCCGGGAGUGGUGCCGAUGCACAAGGUGAACUUCGAUGCUAAGAACGAGUAUGAGAUGAUCCAGAACUACAAGGUCUUGCAGGAUGUCUUCAACAAGCUCAAGAUCACCAAGCAUAUUGAGGUGAGCAAGCUUGUUAAAGGAAGGCCUCUUGAUAACUUAGAAUUUAUGCAAUGGAUGAAGAAGUAUUGUGAUUCAGUCAAUGGUGGCAUCAUGCAAAGUUACAAUCCUUUGGAGAGAAGAGAUUCAUCAAAAGGAGGAAAGGAGAUACAUAAAAAAGCAGCACCUGCACAAGUUCCAUCAAAGUCUUCAUCAGCUGCUGCCAAGACUCAGGGUACUCACCCUGCUCGAAAGAAUGAUGGAAAUCCGGCAAAUGUAUCACAGAAGCAAGUGAAACCUGCUUCAAAUGCUGGUGCACAAGCUUAUGAUGAGCAGAUCACUGAGCUGAAGCUAUUCGUGGAUAGUCUCGAGAAGGAGAGGGACUUUUACUUUGCAAAACUAAGGGACAUUGAAAUGUUGUGCCAGACUCCUGAGAUCAAGCAUUUGCCGAUUGAGGCCAUUCAAAGGAUAUUGUAUGCCACUGAUGACAACCCAUCUGUUGUGGAGGAAGCUCAAGCUAUGGUAUCACAGCAGCAUAAUCAACAGCCGGUUCUGAGCCCAAUCCCUGAAGCACCUGAUGAAAGACCAAAGCAGGAAACACAAAAGCGGAAGAACAUCUCCACCCUUGAGGUCGACAUGGCAUCAAUUUCAACAUCAACACCACGACAACGGCUUUCAGACAUCUCAAACUUUAGCUGCAGUGACUCACCUUUGACUGAAUGCUGAAAACUUUUAGCUUAUUGAGGAUAGUCUAUUGCUUAUUCCUGUGUUAGUUAAAACUUUGUAACUCUCAAAUCCUCUUGUUUGUUUGUAGUGUAUUAGCAUCUCUAUGUUGUACUCAGUGUUGUUGCAGGCUGUAUCUGGGGGGGUGCAAAUUGUUGUACAACAAAUGCUUACUUGGAAAAACUGUCUCUGUUUUGUGUAA